UUCCACUUCCGGGUUGUGGCCAUCGCCCCGUCGGCCGCCGCCCGCGUUGAGCCGCGACCGCAGCAUCGGCCCACGGAGCCACCACGAUGAGGCUCUACAGCCUAAGUGUCCUUUACAAAGGUGACCCAAAAGUGCAUUUGCUCAAAGCUGCCUAUGAUGUGUCCACUUUCAACUUCUUUCAGAGAUCCAGUGUGCAGGAGUUCAUGACGUUCACGAGCCAGCUGAUCACGGAGCGCUCAGCGCCGGGCAGCAGGGCCUCGGUAAAGGAGCAAGAGUACCUGUGCCAUGUGUAUGUCCGGAAUGAUGGGCUGGCUGGAGUGGUGAUUGCAGACAAUGAAUAUCCACAGCGGGUUUGUUUCACCUUGCUGGACAAGGUGCUGGAUGAGUUCUCCAGACAGGUCAGCAGGAUGGACUGGCCCUCAGGGUCACCUGCCACCAUCAGCUACUCUGCCUUGGAUGGAUACCUCAGCAAAUACCAGAAUCCCCGGGAUGCUGACCCGAUGACCCGAGUGCAGGCAGAGCUGGACGAGACCAAAAUCAUCCUGCACAACACUAUGGAAUCGCUGCUGGAGCGUGGGGAGAAGCUGGAUGACCUCGUCUCUAAAUCGGAGGUGCUGGGGGCACAAUCCAAAGCCUUCUACAAAACGGCCCGAAAGCAGAAUUCCUGCUGUGAAAUUAUGUGACGUGGAGCCCGAGGUCUCCACCUCCGGACCACCAGCCCUCAACCCCCCUCCAUAGCCACCGUAGGGGUGUUCCUGGGGCUGGGCCAGGGGUCCUCAGCCCCCUGGGCUGAUGUGACUGUUGUCCACCUUAAGGGGACACCAAGGCUGGCACCGGGCUGGCACCCAUGGGGGGAGGUCCACACCGAAGACCCCCCCAUCCUCACUGUUCCUGGGACAGCUUGGACCAGGGGGCAUCCAGCCAUGCACUCCCCUGCCUUCACACCCCCCCCCCAGGAAGCCUGGAGGAGCCCCCACUGCUGUCCAGGGGGAUGAGGGGGCAGGCAGAGCCCCCUGCUGCCAUCCCAGGGGCUGCGGGGCUUUUUAUGUAUUUGUGUCCUAAGGGUGAGCUAGGGGGGUGGGAGAAGG